CAGAUGUAUAAGACAUACUUUAGAGUGUAGAAUCACUCAUUUCGCUUCCUCUGUAGUCGACGUUUGAACCGAGGUAUUUAAGAACGGAAGGAGUAGAACCAAGGUAUUUAGACAGUCUGUCACUGCUAUCAAAUUUCUUAGAUGUUUGUCUUUUUAAUCUUUUAUUUUGCAUGUUGCAUAUGAAUUAUUAUACUAUUCCUGAAAAAAUAUGGCAGAACUAUAUUUAAUUCAUAUAUUUCACUUUGCAGAAAGUGCCACUGACAGAUAUGGAUAUUGUUAACCAUGAAAAAGAACCUAUCAACAAGAUCGAUGUGCAGAUAGAAAUAAUAGCAAAUUCGCGUCAUAACAAACCAAGAAGAUCAAAUACAAAUAUUACACCACAAGAUUAUAUUUGCACAGCGGACGAUAUUUCCAUUAUUAAAUCAAUCAUGUCCUUACAUGAAAAAACGAAGUUGGUGCACAUCAAUGAUGCAUUAUUAACGAACGCUGAGAUGAGAUGCCUUACGCAUGAUGAUGUGUUUUUGCAUGAUGAUGUAAUAAAUGCAUACAUAUACUGCAUAAGUGCCCAGGAGCAUCUGCAAAAUAGAGCGGAUGGAAAGUAAUCAAUGCGAAGAAACGAGAGAUACAGGUACUGGACUCGCUUGGAGUUGGAAUGGGCCGCAGUGACCUCACUAUGACGUUACAAGGACUUGACAAGCAUCUAAAAACCGCAUGUGAUAUGCCGGAGUUUAAGAGAGGUGAUAGGUAGCAGGACCUCGAUAUUAUGAAUUGGACAGUCGUAGACAAGUUCCAAGAGCCAAUCCAAACAGAUAGCGCGUCAUGUGGAUUGUUUAUGUUAAAUUGUAUGGAGUAUUGGACUGGAGAUAUUUUGUCUGAUAAUUUCACUCAGGAGGACACGAAAGAAUUUUGACGAAAAUUAGCUGUCAUAUUGUUGGAGACAGAACUUAAUAAGUUAAAAGGAAGUCCAAUAUAUUAUCGGACUGACAAUGAAGAAAAUGUAUCUGACAAUGAAGAAAAUGUAUUUGAUUCUGAUGUUGAGUUUCUGAAGGACCGAAAGCGUAAGCGGCAAGAUUCACAUGAUGGAGCCGAAGACAAAAGCCCCCUUCGGAACCCCAUCAUGGCCGCGGACCCGCAAGAUUUAGUUGAUGAACUAUGCAACCACAUCAUGUCAAUUAAUGAUGCUACUUCCUUGGAGAAGGAGUGGGUGCGAAGUUCUAAACCCCAUCCGAUAGGAUUAAGUCUUAGAAGGAUCCAAGGUAUACUCCGCAGGGACCAGCCGUUGGACAUUGAUUGUUUCAACAUGGCUAUACGUAUACUUGCAAGUGACGAUGCCUUACUGAAAAGAGAUCCUCCCGUGCGCUUUAUGGAUCUACAAUUUUAUACGGCCGUGAUUGAAGCUGCCCUCGCUUCCGCACGAGAUUUAGAUUCGCGGGUACAGCCAGAUAUUCAGGCGCUAGCAUCAUUGCUUCGUAGCUCGACUGAGAUAGACCACACCAUCUCAUCAUGCAAUUGGAUAUUGCUUCCUCAUGCAUUCCUCGGCUACUUCAUCUUGUUCGCAAUCGACAAACAUGCCCGUCAAGUAUCUAUUUUGGACCCACUUAUUCCGUCCUUAUCUUCAGAGAGAUAUGCAUUAAAAUUUCAGAGGGUUGCAUUCUACCUGAAUGAUGCACUCGAAUUAGCACAACCGGGUUGGAAGUCUGAUACAUUUUUCUGGCCACGUAAAUCACCAAUUGAUGUUCCGACGAGCGUAGACCGGGAUGAAUCUGGUUAUUUUGUUUUCAAUUUUAUGCUCUCAUGGCAUGGUAACAAAUUUGUUCGUCCAAUUUGCACGGAUGGUUAUCAGUUGAGAAAGAAUUUGUUGAUACACUUGCUCGAGUAUCAUGCGAAUGAAGCUGAAGACAAUACCCCGUAUGAUGUACGAGAAAUUCUCAAGUGCCUGAAGUAGGAAGUUAAUAAGAGAUAAUAAACUGGACUUGAUCUCUACGCAUCGGUAGUCAGACUAUAGUUUCAUUUUAUCAGAAUUUAUUUGUUCAUCUCCAUGGAUUUGUUUUCCGUAUUUGCCAUAUGUUGUGGCUAUUUAUUUAUAAGCUUUUGCGAUGCAAUAUGUAUUGGAGGGGGAAAAAGUUGAGCUUCAUCUGAAGACAGAUGCACUCAUUAUCUUAUUUUCAAUUUUAUGCUCUCUGGGAUGGUAACAAAUAUAUGCAAAGGCAUGUAAAUUUCUUUCCCUCUGUUAUAAAAUCUCGGUCGGUAUCUACCGACACAAUAUUUACUCUUCGAAAAAAAGUCUUGGGCAAUAUGCACUUAGCCUACGAAUCGCCCCCAAAAUGCAAAGAAAAAACGAAACAGCUUCACGCACGAUACUUGUGCCCGACCUGUGCACGACAAGCAAAUCCAGUGACUACUGCUGUUCUCAGUCGUGUAAGCAUGUGCGGCUGGAUUCCAUCGUCGUUUAGCUAUCGUGUAAUUUUUGUCGUGUGUAUAGCACCUCUCAGGAAAAAAAGACUCGGCCUGCGAACCGAUUAAAAAAAGUGGAACUGUUUCCUCCCCCGGACGAGAGACCAACAAGCCCGUCCGCCGUCGCAUGGCGAUACGCGUCCCGGUCCGCCGCUCCAAGCCGAUCUGCUUCCCCGUCCGCCGCCGCAGGCCGAUCUGCUUCCCCUCCGCCGCGGCACCUCUUUCCCCGCCCACCCCCUUUACCCCCCCUCCCCGAUUUCCUCCAUGGCAACUAACGCGGUCAGCUCGAAACUGGCAACCGCCGGUCAGCGUUGCUAUGUGAUCGUGGAGCUCGUCGAUGGUGGAGCUAUGGCAGUUAUCUCCCCACCCCGCAUGAUAAAAAGGUGCAAACCUCCCUUGUCUUCAGUUCUCCCUCAUUCUCUCUUCCUUUUUACUCGUCGGGCCACCGCUGCCGUCUUCACCUCGCGCCGGCAUCAGCAGCGGCAGUGGAGCGGACGACGGCUUCGUGCCUGCCCUCGGUGCGUGGUGAAGGGGCGGUGGCGGUCGACGUGAUUCGGCUGGGUGCGCGCGACACCGCGUGUGGCGCUGCUCCGACUCGCGGUGCGUGGACCAGGCCAGACUCGCCGCAUUCCGGUCACGACGCGCAUCCAGCUCUACUGCAACUGCCGCUUUUUAUCAUCCACGGUCACCUGCGACAUUCCACAUACAGGCCAGGUCUAAACAGAGAAGUUACCUGCCACACAACAAGGAAAUCUGGUUCAAGCUCUACUGUUGUUUUAUAGGAGGAAGUUGGAGGCGGCAUUCGAAAAUCCAGCAAGUUCUUCUUCUGGGUAUGAAAAAAAAAAUGACUAUAGAUUUCGUGGUCUGCCAUUGCUUUUCUAUUUCUUUGUGUUCUUAUUGUAUCGGAUGGCAUGAUUGACAUCUAUUUCAAAAAGUCCAUAUACUUCAGCAAUUGACAGAUUUUGCUAUCAUACAAGUCAAUAACAAUAGGCAUCGAUUGCAAACUUUAGAGAUGGCGCCAAUUAAUCUUAGACGUCAGCGAACAUUUGCAAACUUCACAAAAAACCCAGUUGAGCCUAGAUUCAUAGACUUCGACGGCAUCGAAUAUUCUGAUACAUUCAGAACUUGUAGCAUCUGCGUGAGGGUAGAUGUCAAAUUCCCGGUUAAUCCGAGUGGUGAUAAGCUUCACUUCAUUCUUAUGGACAAAACUGGUGCCAAAAUCGAGGCUAUAGUUGCCGGAAAAGAUUUAGUGAAUAGAUUCAAUAUUACAUUGCACAUGGGUCGUAAGUACAUCAUUCAUGGUGUUACUAUGCGGCCUAACUUUGAAGAACUGGAGUGUAGAUACAUUCAACACACAUAUGAGUGUUCCUUCAACGCAAGGACAUUUGUUGAGUCUCUCUCACUUCAAUUUCCAACAUAUCCCAAGCAUUUGAUGCCGUUCCAAGAAGUUCAGAGGUGUCCAAGAAACACUUUCGUAGACAUAAUUGGCAUAGUCGUUCAUUAUGAUGGACAUGAACGCAUUGGGGGAUACCCAGGUGCUGAAAUACAUAGAGAGGUCACCUUCAUGGAUAUGUGGGGCAAACUUAUAGUUUUUGGGAUUUGGGGUGGCAACUUGAUUCAGAACUCAUAUAGGUGGUCAACAACUGAAGGCAAUAAAUCUAUUGUCCUUGCCACUAUGCUUCGUAAGGAUUGCAAAUACGGAAAUCUGGAAACUUCAAAUUACACCACCCUUGCAUUCAACCCGGAUCAUACUGCAGCACGCGCACUUGAUGAUAUUCGCCAGAAAAUAAUAGGUGGGUUGAUUGAUAUGAAGUUUGUUCAGCAAUUUAUUGAGUGGAGGUGGGCUUUCCUAGCAAGCGAGUUGUCUACAAAGGAUCCCGACACAGGAUGUAUACAAAGAAAGCUCGGCGCAUGUAGUAGAGAUAGUAGACAUUGGUUAUGCCUAUUAUGCAUGAUUGUGUGUUUCAAUUUGUAAGUGUAGUUAUCACGUACUUGGUUUGUAUGUACUAUGUAGGUGACUGUUUCGUCAUAUUUGUUUGUGUCUAUGGUGUUUUAA